AUGGCCUUUCCAAUAUCACCCCUAAAGAAAUGCAGGGUUUUGAUCACAACUCGUGUCGAAGAAGUAGCCCGUGGUGCUAACCCAUUGACUGAUCUUCUUAUAGUAAGGGUUUUGAAUGAGGAGGAGAGUUUGGAGCUGUUCUUGAAGAAGGUAUUUGGAUGCUCUUUGGACAAGAUACCAGAGGGUAUUCUCACAGAGGAAAUGAAGGAUGUGGCUAGGCAAAUGCUUGCAAACUGUGAGGGACUUCCAAUUGCAAUUGUUCUUCUGGGAGGCAUCUUAUCUGCAAAAAAGAAGGAUAUAUUUGAGUGGAUUGAUAUGCUUGAAAAGGUUCAUUCAGAUCUCACAGAAUCAAGAGUCCUCCGAAAAGAACAGAGAUCAGAUGACAAUGAAAUUACAAUGGAAGAUGUGGGUAGAGAAUGCCUUAAAGGUUUAAUCCAAAGGAGCAUGAUCCAAGUUGUUGAAUACAAAUCAAAUGGUGCUCCUCAAACAUGCCGUACUCAUGAUCUCGUCGGAUCUUUAGCAAUACAAGAAGCCAAGAAAGCUAAAUUUUCCACCAUUUCGAAGAAGAAACAAUUGGGUGGGUCAGUGGUGGAAGGCAGUCGUCGGAUUGCCCUGCAUCCUCCUGAAGAAGAGUUCUUUCAUAUUGCAGAAGCGGAUCAACUGGCAUCAAGGUUGACAGGGGAAGAACCCCUGGGACGGCUUGCUGCCAUUUCUAUUUAUGAGGUCAGAGAUAUUUUGAAGAUAAUACUGCAACAAGUUGCAACCCUCACAGAUGCAGAGUCAAAACUUGAAGAUGAGGAAGAGUUGCAAAGAAUGCUCUGUUAUCAUUUGAAAGAAAAGAGUUACCUGAUCACAAUAUUUAAGUGCUCAAAGGAUGAAAUACCAGCAGCUGGUCUCUCCAAAGAGAUGAUGCACACAGCAUCUAAAUUCCUUAAGUUAUGUUGUGGACUCCCCCUUGUAAUUGUGCUUCUAAGGAAGGAUGCUUCUGUGUGGGUUAAUAUACUUCAAAGUUUCAAAAAGUAUAAUGAUGGAGAUUCUUGUUCCCGGAAUUUAAUAUCUAUGUCCUAUGAGGAUUUGCCUGAUUAUUUGAGAUCUUGCUUCCUUUCUUUUAGACUUUUCCGAGAGGACACUGAGAUUGCCUGUGACACAUUGGUUGGAUUAUGGGUUGAGGAAGGAUUUUUGAAGCCCAGUGACAAUAAAACCAUGGCAAAUGUGGCAAGAGAUUGCCUUGAAGAGUUAAUCCAGAGGAACCUGAUUGAGGUCACAAAAAGGAGAUGGUCUGGGGUUGCUGAAACAUGUCGUUCUCAUGGGGAGUUCCGACAAUCCCUUCAAAUUUCCAAACCAUGUCUACUCCUUGAUUUGUUUUGGAAAACCCCCCAAUUUCGCUUUGAACAGUUCAAUCUGCUUAGAGCACUUGAUCUUGAAAGUGCAGAAGAAAUUGACCAGGUACCCAAUGAAAUUAAGAAUCUCACCCUUCUUAGGUACUUGAGCUUACACGGCACUCGCGUAAAACUGAUUCCACCUUGGAUAGCUAAUCUCCGCACCUUGCAGACAUUAGAUGCACCUGCUUCCAAGAUUCCCAUUGACACAUUGAAACUAAAUCGGCUAAGGCAUCUUUUCGCCGAUUCCUUUUCCACUACUGUUGUUAGGGAUAUACCCACACUCUUAUAG